AUUCAGCAGAUGUUUUACUGGAAUAAUAACAAUGCGUUGAUUGAAUGAAUAUAACUUCAAGUGAAAUUGAAAAUGAGCACUUUAAACCGGAAAGCUCAAUUGGAUUUUUUCCAACAGAAAGUAACUUAUGUGCCGCAAUAACGUGAAAGUUUUAAACACGCCGUGGUGGAUAUCACAUUUCUCAAAUAACGAUACUCAUCAUUUCCUGCAUUCCCUCCUCCUCCCAUCCAAAACUACUGAAACAGACUGAUCGCAGUCAGAGCGCACUCCACUUAACACUCACUAACACAAACUCACUGAAUGGAUAUGUGAAGGUUACCUUGGCAACAGACACGUCAAUCAUUCAGAUAAGGCGAGGGAGCUGUUAGAAGGAGAUGACUGCCAACAAGAGCUCCAAAGCUACACAGAGAACAGGAGGGUCUAAAGGCCCUCAGGAAAACGUUGACAGGUGUCAAUCUGUGUCUCCACCUCCGAUUCUUUCUACUGCAGAAGAGCCAAGAUCCUCUCACCUCAGUGGCAGUGAGGACGCAAGUCAAAGGUUGGCAAAAGCUGACUCUAAACUCUGGAGCCAAAGGAACUGGAGCUGUAAGACUGCCAGUCUGAGAAGUGGUUCCUCACUCUCCACUGACUUUGAAUGUCAAAGCAGACUCACCAAAUCUAGAAGCAUUGGUUGUCUGGACAAGAGGCUCAUAAUCCAUAAACCAUCAAGGGCUGAUAACCAGGAGCAGAAGGAGAACCAGCCACAGCACGACCCCCCUGUGGGGGAUGGACUGAAUACUGGACCAAUUAGCUGGAGUACCCUCUCCAUAGGACCCGCCACCAACCUUGGGCACAAGCGCACAUUUUCACUCAGCCGUACUGGGACCUCCACAUCAUCUGUUGCCAUACGCAAAAAGAUCUUGGAAUGGGAGGGUCGGAAAGCGGCUCUGCCUAGAAUGAGCCUAUGCUUGGAGAAGAGGCCUGGAGGCGGGAGUGAGGGUUGCCCAAGCCUGCUGUCUUCACCCUGCAGCGAGAAGACCUUUGACUUCAAAGGUGUGAGAAGAAUGAGCACAGCAUUUUCAGAGUGUUCCUACCCGGAAACUGAGGAGGAUGAGCAUGUAUCCGAUAGAGAAGCUCCUGUAAGAUUCCAAAAGAGGCCUUCAAAGGCCGAGUCCUCUGGGAUUUUUCUGCGCUCGCUUUCUGCACGCAAGGAGACCUCAGCUGUGCUCAGUAGGAUACAAAAGAUUGAACAAGUCUUAAAGGAAAGUCCCUCUCCAUCACCACCAAAGUAUCUUAGCAAUUGUUACGGUCUUGACAAGUCCAGACAGAAGUCUUUCACUAUUGGUGGGACUGAAGACUUAGACAGCACUUGUGGCAGCAAGCGGAGCAGCAUCUGCUCCGUGGCCACUGAGCCUGAAACCUCUCCAGGCUCUGACAGACUUUCUAAGUUCAGGCAGAGGUUCAGCAUCAGCUCUACGAGGUCUGAGAGCCCAGAGCUACCCUCUGCACAGGACUCUUCUGGACCCACAGUGAACCCUUUGCCCAAACCCAAACGAACAUUCGAGUAUGACGCCAACCGAAACCACAAGGGCUCGUUGCCCAGCAAUGGACUACCUCCCACCAUUGAAUCUCCACCUCCACUUCCUUCAACCCCAGCACCUGCGAUCAUGAGAAAUUCCAAGACGGAUGAAAUCUUGCCUAAGAGGACUCAAGAUAGGGAAUCUUGUGAGUCAGAGGAUGCUCUCAGCCUGCCGUCCUCUUACCCAUCAUCACCAACAGAGAACGGCACAGCAUCCACAGAGAACCACAGUCGGCCCAGCUCAAAGAGCACACUCGAGGAGAACGCCUAUGAGGACAUAGUGGGUAAGAAUGAGAAAGAGAAUCCAUACGAGGAUGUAGAUCCAGUGAGGAGAUGUCUGGCUCGAAAUUCUCGCCUGUUACCCGAGAGGUCUAGGGACUCGCUCAACAGGAUGUGGACCUCCCAGGACAGGAAGUCUAUUACGCCUCCCCAGCUGCCUUCUAAACCGAGCAGUCAGUCUCUGCGGUUGGCAGGUCCUGCGGACAGGAAGAAUCAACGUCCAUCCCGCCUGUGUAAGAGGCACAGCCAUGAUGACAUGCUGCUGCUGCCCCAGCUGGGCAUGCCUUCUUCCCCCUGUGGCCUAUUAGAUGACAGCCUAAGAACUACCACUGAUACCUUGGCCUCCCACAGGCAAAAGCGAGUCCCCAAGGUGGUGCAAAGAAUAAACUCUAUCUACUGUACAAAAAGAGGCAAGAAGAGGCUAAAGAAGCUUUCACUUUCAAAUAUAGAAACCGCAUCUCUAAGAGAUGACAACAGUGAGAGUGAAAGCGACUCUGAUGACAGGUUCAAAGCCCACACACAAAGGCUACUGAAGCUGCAGUCAAUGCUGUGCCGUGCACCCAGUUACAGGACGCUAGAGCUGCAGUUGAUCGAGUGGCAGGAAAGGGAGCUCUUUGAGUACUUUGUUGUGGUCUCCUUGAAGAAGAAGCCCACCAAAAACUCUUAUACUCCAGAAGUCACCUACCAGUUUCCAAAGUUAGAGAGACUUACUAAGCAGAUGAGGGAGGCUGAGCAGAGACUCAAAGCUAUCCCACAGUUCUGCUUUCCAGAUGCCAAAGACUGGAGCCCGGUUUCUGAAUUUAACAGCGAGACCUUCUCUUUCAUGCUCACCGGAGAAGAUGGCAGCAGACGCUUUGGGUAUUGCAGGCGACUCCUGCCAAGUGGGAAAGGGCCUCGCCUUCCUGAAGUGUAUUGUGUCAUCAGCCGGCUGGGCUGUUUCAACCUGUUUUCCAAGAUCCUGGAUGAAGUGGAAAGGAGGAGAGGGGUGUCAGCUGCUUUGGUCUACCCUUUUAUGAGGAGUGUGAUGGAAUCUCCUUUCCCAGCACCAGGCAAGACCAUAAAAGUUAAAACCUUCCUGCCUGGAGCAGGAAAUGAGGUGAUCGAGUUAAGAAGACCCACAGACUCCAGACUAGAGCAUGUGGACUUUGAAAGCCUGUUCUCCUGUCUAAGCGUACGACAGGUGGUACGUGUUUUUGCCUCGCUCUUGCUGGAACGCAGGGUCAUCUUCGUGGCCGACAAGCUCAGUACUCUUUCUAGCUGUGUUCACGCAGUGGUGGCUUUGCUCUACCCGUUCUCCUGGCAGCACACCUUCAUCCCUGUGCUACCCACUUCCAUGGUGGACAUCGUCUGCUGUCCUACUCCGUUCCUAGUGGGUAUUCUGUCCAGCUCACUCCCCAAACUCAAGGAACUGCCUGUGGAGGAGGCUUUGAUGGUGGAUUUAGGAGCGGAUCGCUUCAUCAGACAGAUGGAUGACGAAGCCUCUUUGUUGCCACGCAAACUUCAGGCUGCGCUGGAACAAGCACUCGAACAGAGGAGUGACAUCAUCAAUCAAGACUCAGACAGCGAAUCAGAUGAAGAGUGCACCACUAAUCUGAACAGUGUGGUAUCAGAGGCCUUCAUUCGUUUCUUCCUGGAGACCAUUGGACACUAUUCCUUGUUUCUCACCCAGGGCGACAGAGGCGAACGCAUCUUUCAACGCGCAGCCUUCCGCAAGUCUGUGGCUUCUAAGAGCAUCCGACGAUUUCUGGGCGUUUUCAUGGAAUCCCAGAUGUUUGCUGGAUUUAUCCAGGAUAAAGAGAUGAGGAAAUGCAGGGCCAAAGGUCUGUUUGAGCAGAGAGUUGAACAAUAUCUGGAAGAGCUGCCAGACACAGAGCAGAGUGGAGUCAACAAAUUCCUGAAGGGUUUAGGGAAUAAACUAAAAAAUGUUUUAUCGUGAAACCAAAUACUGUGGACAUUUUCUACAAUUCCUUCAUCUGAAGACCUAACAUGGCUAAGUCAUGUUAGUUGACACGCCAUAACACGUGUGUUGUAUGUUCAUAUUUUUUGUACAUAUUUAUUAAAAUUGUGCUUUUAAUUUCACGUGUAGCUCUGUUGUUAGCUUUCCUGGUACCCUGUAAGUGACACUAGAGAAAUAACAGGAUGGUACUUGACAGUAUAAAUGGUUUUGUUGCAAUAUAACUUCCACCGUAGAGAUAACUGUAUUGAGCUGGCUGAGAUAGUAUGAAUGGAAACUUGAAUGGAGAGGUGCAUGUACAGUGGCUGUGUAGUAUUUAACGCUAGAAUUUCUCCAUGAAUUGUAUUUUGUACAUUUAUUAACACAUGAAGAGUAUAAUUACCUUAUUUGCAGUGUUUUAUAAAAAAUAAAAUAAACAAUAAAGCAUUUCUGUUAAAUCAAA